CUGCCGCCCAAUGUUCCACUGCAUUUCCAUGAACUGUAAGGCCUCGUAGCUGAGCUGCCCGAGCCUUUUAUAACUUUAGGCAAUUUUAAUUCUCACCACCCUUUGUGGGGACGUCAGGAUUCCCUCAAUGGAGUUAUCGAACGGCUUUUAUUAAUUUCCAGGCCAACUUUUUUUAGCACUACUCGUAACACUUUCACCUCAGUUGACCUUUUUAUUAUCAUCACCAUCCUCACUUUUAUACUUUUCAUGGAAAGUUUUAAACACUCCUUUUGGCAGUGACCAUUUUCCUAUAAUUUAGAGAGUUUUGGACCCUUUCCAUCACUUUCGGCCCGCCCUCCUAGGUGGAAGUUGGAGAAGGCCGACUGGGCUCAUUUCAGUUCAGAAGCUGCGUUUGUCCCAUCUCUAUUUAGUAGUAUGCUCCCCGAGAAGGCGACAAUUUGUCUGAAUGUGUGUAAUCAAUGCAUUUUCUAUCCCCCAAACAUGUGGCAAUCUUCUCAGGAGGUGAAAACCCGGGUGGAUUGAGGAAUGAAAGGAACAGAGCCGGGCCUGGGGUAUAUUCCGCCGGUAUCCAGCUGCGCUGAAUCCGAUUGAAUUUAAAAAGAGCAGGGCCAAAGCUCGUUGGACGAGAAAACGUGUCAAGAAGACAUUGUGGGUCAAAUACCUCUCAUCUUUAAACAGUUUUGUUUUGGCUAAAGAACUGUGGGACUGCCUGCGGAAAGUCCAGGGAGAUUAUCAAUGUUUCCCAACCCUUCUUUUCUACUCCCGUUGUAUCACUCAAAGAUCAAGCAACUGUUCUUGGUUUCUGCACAUGGCCACUGCAUACCUGUCACAGCACAGCUCGACCGAAGGACUCUUUCGCAAAUCGGGUUCCGUCGCGCGCCAACGGGAGCUCAGGCGCGUCCUGGAGGCCGGGGGCAAGCUGGAGGCGGUGCCCGUGCACGACGUGGCGGGGCUCCUCAAGCAGUGGUUCCGGGAACUCCCCGAACCGGUGGUGCCAAAGCCCCUGCAGACCCUGCUGCUCAGGUGCCAGCGCGAGCGUGGCCUGGAGGCGGUGCAGCUGGCACUGCUGGUCCUCCCCACGGGGCAUGUCCGGGUGCUGCGCCACACCUGCCUCUUCCUGGCGGAGGUGGCGCGACACAGCGGCUGCAACCGCAUGGACGCCCCAAACCUGGCCCUGGUGCUGGCUCCAAACUUCUUCAGCGCACCCACGGUGCAGCGUCCGCGCGGGGAGCCCCUGCAGAGCCAGGCGUCGUUGCUGCAGCUGCUCGUGGAGCAGGCUCCACAGGUGGGGGUGGUGCCGCCCACGCUUCGAGGCACCAUGCACGCGGAAGUUGCAGGGGCCCUGCCCAGGCAGAGGAGGAGGACCGCAGCAGCGGCGUUGCUGUGCAACCUGCGCAACUUGGUGCCUCUGCGCCGAGGCAGCAUGGCGGAGGGCGCCGCACCCGGUUCCUGCACCCCGGUCCCGCGUGAUCCCGUGGGGAGCCCCGACACUCCCCUGGAGCUGUUGUCCCUGGACUGCUCCCCGCGCGGCCCGCCCCUGCUCAAGCGGAGGACCGCCAUGCAGCAGGACCCGCCCGGGCUGACCCCCUGCAAGAGGACCAAGCACCAAAGCGAAGUUGCAGACGAGAACUGCCCAGAACCUCCCAGGGCCACGGCGUGCCAGAGCGCCGAGCCGACGCUUCCAGUGAGGUGCCACUCUGCGAUGCUUGGACCCAACGACAGACCAGGCCUCCUGCUGCCGGACGAGCGUUUUGUGCACCGGACGAGCCCUGGCGGUCUGCAGCGCGUGGCCACGUGGAAUGCGGCCAGGCGUCUGCACAGGGGACGCCCCAACACCUGCCAGUCUGGGCUGCCCUCGCCCCUCCAGCUUUCCAACAGGAGGAGGAGAGCUGUGGUCUGCACUGCAGUUCGUGGAACGGAGGACGGGGGACGGGACCGGCGCUUGCCCGAGGAAGAGCCCGACGGGCUGCCGGGACAGGAGCGUGGCCGGCCGUCCCUCGAGCCCACGGAACUCCACGAGUCUCCAGCCGGCCUCGCACCUGGAGAUGCUGCGGACGAUUCCGUCAGCGACACAACAUCCACCACGCCUGCCGCUUCCGGAGAGGUUGGCAACGACCGCCAUCCGCAACCUCCGUCGGAAGACUCCGCCGCCAUGGAGGUGGACACGGGGACACCGGAGCAAUCCUGUGGCGCUCUGUUGCCUGGGCUGCCCCCACCGGAGCAGCCCCGGAGCACUCUACUGCCCGGGAUGCCCCCACCGGAGCAGCUCUGGGGCACUCUGCUGCCCGAGAUACCCCCACAGGAAUGUGCCAGCAAGCGGGAGAGCAUCAUCCAGAUCCGCCAGCGCAACGCGGGGAUGGUCCGCAACAGCGUUCUGCUCUUCGACGCGCAACCGGCACCCCAGUGCCACCAAUGGACCCCUGCCUUGCGCUCACGGCAGGAGAGUUUUGCUGGGCGGUCUCCCCUACGAGAGACCAACUUUGCGGUACCUCACGCGAGGACGCCCGACGUAAAGCCUGCCUGGCUGGACUACGAGCCCAGGGACUGGGAGAUGUCUCUCUGAAGCCGCUACCUCGGAUUUUUUUUACGGCGGCAGCCAUUAUUUGCGCGGUGCGACGUCGCGGUGUGACGCGACUUUGUGGUUCCACGCAACACCGCAACGUUUAGCGGAGAAAUUUCUCCGCUAGAUUUAGCGGGGAAACGACUCGCGCAUUUCCCAACCACGACGAUGAAUUUGGCGUGAAAAUUUCUAUUAAGAUCGGCGAGAACAUUUCUUUGUCAAAUUUAUCCAGAAAAUGUAGUGCGUCUGCAUGUGGCAGAGUGCAGCAUCUCAAAUGUCGCUGCAGUUUUGCUUUUUUUUUGUACAAAGAUUGUGAUGUAUUGUGUGAUGCAAAGAAAGUGAUGUGCUCUCUCAUUUUCUUGCAUUCGACAGCUGCCAUGUGCUGGUCUGUGCCACCUCGGUAUGCCAUAUUUGCCCAAAUGUAGGUUAGCUUAUAAAAUCUUGCCUGUGUGCUUUUCCUAGGAGUACAUGAAAACUAAUAAGUAUGCAAAUUAAUUAUUGUGGCAACAGCAUUAUUUGGGCAUAAAUGGUCUUUCUUAAGCCUGACAAGACAUGUCUUUCUCUUCAUUGUCCAUCUUCAUGACCUCGGUAGACUUUUAACGUGGUUUUAACUAUUUGCACAUUUUUAACAAUUGCAGGCCAACUCUGCUGCUAGCCCUAUGUGUUUUACCAGUUUUUAUAUUGAUUUUACUUGUUUAAAUUUUUUUUACAUUUAAGUUUUAAGGUAGCACACAUCUGUGGGACAUCCCAAAAGCGUUCGCAGAACCCCAUGUGCUACCAGGGGACUUUUUAUGUACAGGGUGAAACAAGGAGACAUCAGGCCCUUUAAA